AUGUUCCGCCGCGCCCUAACGGCCGCCUCAACAGCGCGCACAUCACCGACAAGCACAAUACCAAGCGCCUCAUCCCGCAAGCUCCAAGUCACCCGCCCAUCAUGGCACCUUGUACGCACACCCAAGCCAGAGAGCACAAGCCUAAAACGCUCUCCGCUCCUCUUCAAUCCUAUCUCAAGCCCAAAACCAAAACCAAAAAAACUAACCGCAAAACCGCACGAACAGAACCCAAGCACCACCCGCCUCUUCACCACGACCCCAUUCACAGCUUUUACAGCAUCACCACCAACCAAAAAAGACCCCUCACCAUUCCGCCUCUCCGCAAACAAAACCGACUCCUCCCCUCCCUCCUUCGAAGAUGUCUAUUACAGCCCUUACCAACCAAAGCGCCAAUGGCCACCGGAUAUGUCCAAGCUGUCGCCGAAACACCAGUUCCGACUUGAGCGAAAGUACCGUCGUCGCGCGGCGCUGAAGUAUGCCCGGCCGAAGUUUAUGAAGGCUGUUACACUGGCACAGUGGGUUGUUAUUGGAUUUGUCAUUAUCUACUCCGUGCUAUUCAUGGAGUGGGAUACGGAUGAUACUGGGUUCCAUAUGAUUCGGGAGAAAUUCUUCGCUGGUGUCCGGGCUGUAUUCUCCAGCGCGCCGCCUCCUGGUCCGAGAAGGGAUCAGAAGGAUAAUACGUCGUCUGAGCAGAGCUAG